UUAAACAAACGGAGGGAGUUAGGGAGUACCCAACUCAAUAGUUUUUUCUUCUAUCCAAACCCCCAUUCUGUAAAUCUUUAUUUCUCUAUCCAAACCCCCGUUUUCGAUUGUUUGAACCUAAUUUCAAUCAUAAUACUCAUAAUCAAUUCUUCAAACUAGUUUUCCUUCCUAAUAGUAAUCUAUCUUUUUUUAUUUUUUAUUUUUUAAUUUUUGGUUAACUUGUGCUGCUAUAGAUUUUUGUGAACAAAUUAGGAUGAAAUGAGGCCCAUUAGGCUUCCUGAACCUCCCACUAGUCCCAGGGGUAUGCCGGAGAUCUUCGAAGGAGGGGUAUUUGGCGUAAUUCGACGUGCCGUUAUCAUCGGCAAUGGAUUCCCGGGUGCCGAAAACCAGUGUGUUGGUUUGGUUCGUGCUCUUGGUCUCUCCGACAACCACUUCUUCUAUCGUGUUACACGGCCCAGAGGAGGAAUCAACGAGUGGCUUCAUUGGCUCCCUGUUUCUCUCCAUAAGAAAUUGGAUUACAUCGUUUCACAGAUUUGUGUUUAUUCACAUGUUUUGUUUACGUCGGGAGAGAAGAAAAUUGCUUCCAUGCAUUCAGCUAACAGUAGUGGUGUUGGCUUAUUAUCUGUUUUGGAAGCUGAUGUGAAGCAGAUUAUAAGCAUGGCCCAUAAGACUUUUGAAAAGGAUGGCCCUUUAUUGGUUGUUGCAUCUGGAAGGGAUACAAUAUCUGUUGCUAGCUCCAUAAGACGGCUAGCAUCUGAUUAUGUGUUUGUCGUACAGAUUCAGCAUCCAAGAACACGUUUGGAUAGAUUUGACAUGGUCAUCACUCCUCGUCAUGAUUACUAUCCUUUAACUCCUCAAGCACAAGAGCAGAUUCCUAAAUUUCUUCGACCGUGGAUUACUCCACGUGAACCACCUGGUAGGAAUGUGGUUCUCACUGUGGGAGCUCUGCAUCAAAUUGAUUCUGCUGCACUCCGAAGUGCAGCAAAAACAUGGCAUGAUGAGUUUGCCUCUCUGUCUAGGCCCUUGCUUGUUGUCAAUCUUGGGGGGCCCACAAGUCAUUGUCGAUAUGGUGCUGAUCUUGCGAGACAACUCGUAGUCUACUUGCAGAAUAUUCUUUUGAGCUGUGGUACAGUAAGAAUAUCUUUCUCAAGGAGGACCCCGGAGAAGGUUUCCAAGAUCAUAGUGAAAGAAUUUGGGAAUCAUCCUAAAGUUUUCAUAUGGGAUGGUGAAGAACCAAAUCCACAUCUAGGGCAUCUAGCUUGGGCUGAUGCUUUUGUCAUCACGGCCGACUCAAUCAGUAUGCUGAGUGAGGCUUGCAGCACUGGGAAGCCUGUUUAUGUGAUUGGAUCCGAGCGUUGUAAAUGGAAGUUUGCAGACUUCCACAAUACUCUGAAAGAACGAGGCCUUGUGCGACCCUUUACUGGUUCUGAGGAUCUAUUAGAGAGCUGGAGCUACCCUCCACUCAACGACACUGCUGAUGCUGCCUGUAAGAUACACCAGGCACUUGCUGAACGUGGAUGGACUCUCCGAGCGUAGAGGAGCUCUUAGGCACUCUGUCUCUUUAUUUCUGUCCAUGGACAAGUGCCAGAGUCUAUUUUUGGAUUGAAGAAAAGUUGAUGAUUUUUUACAUUUUGGUUAUUGGCUUUUUAGUACUUUCUUUUUUGUAUGGGAAAUUUUACCUGAUUUAGCGGCUUGUAAUAUACAGGAGGAGUGAUUUUUUUUUUUGGGCGAUGAUACACACAAUGGGCAUGGGGAGUUUUGUGACAUGUAUUUGUGUACGAAGUAUAUAUGCAAGUACAAAAGCUUAUACAGAGUAUAUGACAGUCUUAUGCUUAAGACCAAUUUCUUAGCACGUGGGUCUCCAUGGCCUAUUUACUGUAACUAUUUGACACAAUUACUACACUAUUUAAUACUU